UGCAUCACAUACCAAUUAUAAAGAAAAUCCAAACACACAUACAAGUUCUGACCUUUGACCACUUUUUAUGUUGGUGUGAGAGUUAUAAAGAUGAGCAGUAGGGACAGGCUGCUUUAAAGCAGCGCCAUGGCAUUGAAAAGUCUUCUUCCAGGUCUCCCUGUAGUAUUUCUUCUUUUUGGCUGCUGUGGAGGGCACAUCGCAAAUGGGCCAACUUUGAAAAUGGACCAGGCUCUGCUCACAUUUCAUAACCAGUUGACAGAAGAAGUGCAAGUUUUCUACACAUCAGAUUAUUGCUACAAGUGCGUCUUCCAGCACUUGGUGUCUGUGAGGCCCAACAAAAACAAUGCAUCUGCCAUAAUCAGCACCAAGUUUGCUCUGACCAUGGAGGUGCAAUCCGAGAUCAGGAACGCAGUUCUCUGCAGCUGGAAUCAGACAUAUGUGGAGGGUGGUCAUUACUCUGUUUGGAUCCAUAUGCCAGAUGCGUUCUUUGAUCCAAUCUGCAGCCAUUCCGUGGAUAGGACACCAAACAAUCUUUACCUGCCUCUCCUGGUGGUAGCUCUCAUUCUGGCUUUAACUGCCCUAUUAUCUGUUGUGGUACCCUUCAUCUACAGGAGGCGCUGCACAUCAAAGAUUAAGAACUUUUGCUGCCACGGAACACAGUAUCCUGUUGAUAAUGAAGAGGCGCAGGCUUCUGAAACUGCCCACAACUCAGGCAAAGCUAAACCCUCACGUCUGCUCUCCCUGGACACUUUCCGAGGGUUUUCCCUCACGGUGAUGGUGUUUGUCAACUACGGUGGAGGAGGCUACUGGUUCUUCCAACACGCACCCUGGAACGGUCUAACGGUGGGAGAUCUAGUCAUGCCAUGGUUUGUGUUUAUAAUUGGCACUUCAGUGGUUUUGGCAUUCAGCUCCAUGCAGAAGAGAGGAGUCAGCCGCCUGCAGCUGCUGCGAAAGAUCACCUGGAGAACGGUCGUGCUAAUGAUGCUCGGCUUCUGCUUUCUCAACUACUCUCCGAGAGAUGGCCCACUGUCUUGGUCGUGGCUGAGAAUCCCCGGAGUGCUGCAGCGUCUAGCCUUCACCUACUUUGUUCUGUCUCUCCUGCAGACUUUCUGGGGCCAGAUAGAAAUCCCUCUGAGAAUGCGUCACUGGUGGAGCCCUGUCCAGGACGUCAUCCUCUACUGGCCACAGUGGCUGAUUAUAAUCCUGCUGGAGACUUUGUGGCUGUGCAUCACUUUCCUGAUGCCUGUACCCAGCUGCCCAACAGGCUAUUUAGGAGCUGGUGGAAUCGGGGAUGAUGGUCUUUAUGCAAAUUGCACAGGAGGUGCAGCAGGAUACAUUGAUAGAAGGAUAUUUGGUGAUAACAUGUACAGAUACCCCACUUGCAAAGAACUGUAUCAAACUGUACAGCCCUUUGACCCAGAGGGGAUCCUGGGAACAAUCAAUUCCAUUGUGAUGGGAUUUCUGGGGAUGCAGGCAGGGAAGAUUAUCAUUUUCCACAAAAGGAAGGACAUUCACAUCCUCUGUCGAUACCUAGUGUGGGCCGUCAUCCUGGGAAUCUCUGCAGCCAUCCUUUCUAAGUGCACGCUAGACGAAGGAUUUAUACCUGUCAAUAAAAACCUUUGGUCCUUGUCUUACGUGCUGUACAUGGGAUGUUCCGCUUUCGUGCUGCUUGGAGCCAUGUACUUUGUCACUGAUGUUAAGGGCUGGUGGGGAGGACAACCCUUCAUUUACCUAGGGAUGAACUCCAUCUUUGUGUACGUUGGCCACUCUUUCCUUGGCUUCUACUUCCCUUUCAGCUGGGAAAUACGCUUCCAGGAGAGCCACUGGGAGAUUUUACUGCAGAACCUAUGGGGAACCACGCUUUGGGUGCUUGUCGCCUACCUCCUCUACAGGAAGAAGUUUUUCCUCAAAAUUUAAGCUUGCUGACCUUUGUCGCACUUUUAAUCUGCUGAGACUGUUUUUCCUUCUCCAUUUUUGAAAUGCAAUUAAAGACAAAUACAUUUUGUAGUGGGGUGCGUAGAUUAAUUCAACAUCUGUGGGAGAUUUACAAAAUCCAACUAUUGUGCUUGGCUUAAACAACCUACCUGCCGGUAUUAAACAGCAUGUUUGAAUGUCCUGAGCAGAGCUUUCAUCCAAGUCCUCCAAUAAAUCAAACAGUUCGUGGGCAGUAUUCUAAGUGUGUGUCCAAAAUGUGCUGCAACACAGUGGAAAAAGCAUGAAAAUCUUCAUCCAUGAAAUCUAUUACCCCAGCAGCACCAUCUCAGCUGUCAGUGUGGGCAGCUCAUUACUCAUUUGAUGUCACUUGUUUAAUGCACAGAACAGACUGAUUAGAUUAAAUUUAUUGAGAUGAUACUUAACAAAUUAAGCCAAGUGAUUCCACUACACACCAGGCCAAUCAUUGUGAGUCUGUUGCCAUGGCCACUUCUCCACUUAUUAAGUGCGUGUGUGUCUGUUUUUGUGUGUGCCAUCUGCUGUCCAAGUGACAGUAGUUUAAUCGGGGGUCAAGAUACACUGUGAUGUUAAUGGAACUGACACCUCUUGCACUUAUUGUAUUAGAAAAUCAGGCAAAUUACACAAAUCCAAUCAAUCAGAUGCCCCAUCAAAGAACCCAAGCCAUAAAGAUGCUUUCCAUUAUGCAUAGAUAUUUAUUCAGGCUACUUACAUUUGGUCUUAAUGUUUAUUUUCUGUUUGACCUGAUCUUAUGCCUGGUGUGAUUUGCACACACUAGCACAAUGUGUCCAUUACAAUACUUAGUUUCACAGAGCAGUGUCCCUCAGCAUCAGGUCAGGCGAUGUGCACAUCAUGAAAUGACCAUCCAGUAAAUGAAAUGAAAGAGCAUCAUGCUCUCUUUCCAGAGAGAAAUCCUAUUAUGCACUCCUUGGAAGCCGUAAUAUCAUUGCAUAAUAUGGCAUAGUGGUUUUUUUCUCUUCAGAAGAAGUCGUUGUUAGAAGCCUAGUAGGUACACCCUGCCCCCUUGAGCAAGACUCAGAUCUGUAAUUGCUUUUCCAAAUAAAUGUGCUAGUAAUGGAAAUGCAUGACUGAUACUUCACGAGAAUGGAACAAAAUCAAUACAG